AUGGGUACAGCAGGCCGAUCUGCGUCGGGAUCAAAGGGAAAGAGUGGCGCCAGCCGUUUGUAUUCAUCGAAACAAAUUCAGAAGCUAGAGGAAUGGUACCAGCGGUCAUCCCGGCCUGAGUCUAGUGAGAUUCACUCGAUGUAUCGCAUCAUAAAUUGCCCAGACUAUGCGGAUCCGGAAUUGCAACCCGAAGGUAUUUCUGUCAAGCAAAUUCGCAUUUGGUUUGACAAUCGGCGUGCAAAAGAGCGCCUUGACUACAUGCGUCUGAAAAUGAAGGACAUUUCAACUACUGACAUGGAUGUCGACAGUGUUAAGAAGAUGAAAGCCGCAUAUAUUGACGAGGCUAAAGAAGUGCUUGAGGCGCGAGUGUCACGGAUGCGUGAGAAUGGACAAAGUUCAGGCCAAGUUGUCGACGAAGCGGAUAUGGCUCUUAUUGCAAACACUGGGUAUCAAUCCAUGUAUGGUAAAAUGCCUAAAGCUAGCUUGUCUGGUGCAGGAAAAGUAAACAGCGGUUUGCUGAACGCAACCAAGGAUGGAAUUGAAGGCCUUAGGUCCCUGAGUUCUUUCGGAUCCAGCAGUCAAAAGAAGCGCAUACGAAUUGAUUAUGUAGCUUCCGUAAGGAAGACAAUCAAAGAUGCGCGUGAUGCUGGUAAGAGCGAAGAAGAGACCAAAGCAUUACGUACUGCUGCAAUCGAACGCGCGCGAGAAAGAUUACAUGUUCCGUACAAAAAUGCGCGCACUGGACCAUCAAAGCCUCUGGGCAAAGAGGAAGUGUCACAUAUGAAAAUGAAAAUUUUGAAGCUGUUGGAGGAAGAUGCACCGGCCGAAGAGCUUACCGAUAUUAUUGAGCUACUUCUAUCGCUUAUUAUUCCACACGCUGUUUUGAUUGAUUCGGGUAUUCAGCAGCAGCUGGAAUUGAUUUUGCUCGCGCACAAGGACAACAAAGAACUCGUGCGUCAGACGAAGAAGCUGCAGGAGGAAUUUCAAUCUAUAGUAGAGAAUGGCGACGCACCGAGCGUGGUCGCGGCAAUGGCUGGGGAGCCAAGCAGCAGCAAGAAACGAAAGGAUAAGUCACGGUCUUUGUUGUUAAGUGUGGACACAGAAUCGUUGCCUGGAACUCCCGGGUCUUCACCAAAUUCAGGUCCAACGCCUUCACCGGAAUCGCGGCGACCACGUGUAAAGUUUUCUUUGGCUCAGCUGGUGAAGCUUGAGAAGUAUUUUCACAAGGAAGACACACCAAGUAAGAAGAAGUUGGAUAAAAUUGCGGCGCGGUUGAAUGGGAUUGCGUCUCUGGACCCGUCAAGUGAUGCAGCUCAGAGGUCUAUUGAUUACAAGCAAAUUCGCUGCUGGUUUUACAAGCGACGUUCGGCUAACCAGCCUCCUCAGGCUUUAGGUGGUGCCGAUUUGCACAUCGAUGAAGCUGCCGUGAGCUCAUCUAGCUCAAGCGACACUGAGUCGGAUGACGACAAUUUGUCGGAUAAAGGGCGUAUAAAGUCAAAAUUAAACACAAUGACCCCAUUUCUUGGUGGCUCUGCAGCUAAGCGGAAAGCACCGUGGAGUGACGACAAAAUCGACGUCAAGCGUGUCAAAAAUGCGACAUCCAUCCAGACUGCUUUCUCCGGCGUAUCGGAUGUGGAGAACAAGGAAGAGGUAAUCAUUAACAAGAGUGAUGAUGACUCGACAGGCAGCAUGCACGCAGGACAGGUCUUUAAUGUGAAGCAGCUGGCCACAAUUAUUGAGGAAUACGAAAAGAACCCGCGGCCGACUGAGGCUCGACUGGAGGACUUGUUGAAGGUUUUAAAUCAAAGUGACCAUACAGACGGGCACUCUGCAAAUGCUCCUGGAGUGACAAAGCGGCAGAUCAAGUCAUGA